GUAAAAAUUCCAAUGUUAUCAAUUGAGUAAUUUGGAAUGUCAAUGACAACGACGGUCUAGAUUUGUAAACUUUUAAACAUUAUGUGAACAGAAUUUAAAUGAAUUAUAAUUGACAGUACAAGUCCAUAUAAGUCUCCUAAUAAUAAUAAAAAUUGUUAUUGUACAGAUAACAUUUUAAUAAGCAGGGGGCGUUAUAUACAUUUUAAGAAGAUGCCGUUUAAACUGAAACUGAAGAAGUCGAGGCAUUACAGUGUUGUCUCUAAAACUCUAUUCGUUAUAUCUGUUGAGAUGUUAGAUAGUACAAAUAUAGAAUGCACGUUAUCUUCAGAAAGUACCGGACAAGAUUGUUUAGAUAUAGUCUGCCAGAAAUUAGGACUUAAUCAACCCAAAUUUUUUGGUUUGCAAUACAUGAGUCGGAGUAAAGAUCGCUACUUAUGUUGGCUGGAGCUUGAUAAACCUAUUAAACGCCAGCUUGACAAACAUUCUAGAAAUUUAUGCUUAUAUUUAAGAGUGAUGUACUACAUUUUAUCAGGAUGUAAAUUACUUAAUGAUGAAGUGACCAGAUAUCACUACUUUCUUCAAUUAAAAAUGGAUGUGAUAGAUGGUCGAAUAUCAUGUACACCACAACAAGCAGUGGAGUUGGCCAGUUACUGCAUGCAAGCUGAAUUUGGAAAUUAUGAUGUGGAAAGACAUACUGCCCAUUACUUAAAGGAUUUUCAGCUAUUUCCAAAGAGCUUUACAGAUCCAACUCUUCUGGAAACUUUAACAGAUGCAGCUAUUAGGCAGCAUGCUGCUCUUCACAGUUUACCUCAAGGUACUGCCGAAGAAUAUUAUAUUUGUGCCUGCCAAAAAUUAGAUGGUUACGGACAGGAAUUAUUUUCAGUUAAAGAUCAUUCUAAUGAGGAUGCUGUACUUGGAGUUUCUUUAACUGGUGUAACUGUUUUCUAUCCCAAUGGGAAAGAGGGACGAAGCUAUGGUUGGAUAGAUAUAAGUAAUGUCAUUAAUCACAAGAGAGAUUUUGCUAUAGAAUCUGUUAUUGGUUCUGAAAGGACAGAAUUUCAUUUUUCUGAUGUAGAAUGUGCUAAAAAUGCUUGGAGAUUUUGUGUACUGCAACAUAUGUUUUAUCGGCAGUAUGAAAUGAGUAACAGUCCAGAACAUACUGAAAAAGGACCCCCCAUUUUUCAGCAAACGCAUGUUGAAGGCAGUUUAUGUAAAUUAGAAAGUUACGAGGAUGUAACGAACUCUCAGCCGUGGAAUCGUUCAUCUUCUUUACAGGCAUUAAACCAACGUGCACAAUCCACGUCGUGCCUUGACCUGAAUACACCGACCGACAUAGAUAAAUUGCGUUCACUACUGCCAUCUUAUAGACCCGCCCCCGACUAUGAUAUUGCAGUACAACAAAAGUACCGCAACUCUUCUAGCGCCAUACCUCCUGCCCGCGAGCCCCUUAGAAACGCACGUGCCAUGUUAUAUAGUUCUCAACCAGAAAUCCAUCAGCCAGACACUUACUCUUCUCAUUUACGUUAUCCUGACGUAACGCACAACAAUAUUGAACAAAAGAACAUCAUGAGUGGUUUAUAUAAGACCAGUUAUUCACAAUCGCAAGUUCUUAACACAGAUAACCAACAACUUAUUGAUCUUGCAGAACGAAUGCGCCUAUUAAACCUAUAUAAACCACCACCCCCAUAUCCUAGUAACAGAAUUAGCUCUAACUCAACCCCAGAUUUACCGGGCAUUUCCCAACAAUAUGCUAAGCCACAUAGUAAUUUCAUUCACUCAUUAGUGUCAGGUUCGAGUCCUGAUCUAGUGUCCAAUACAGGAAUACUAAACCAUCAACAUUAUUUGAGGCAGUAUGGAACGACUGUUUACACAAAUCAACAUCCCAUACAUCGAUCGCACAGUUACCUGCCCGCACCGCAACACGGAACUUACGAAAAUCUAGCGUCGAUUUUCGAUAGCAACAUUAUGGGACGUCCUCAGGCUCUUAUAGUUGAUAAUCCAAAUAUUACAAAGCACAUCAAAAAAGUCUAUGAUGAACACGGUAAUAUCAUUUACUGUAUGCCUGCUAACAUGAAACAAAUUUUACAAGAAAAUCAGCUCCCUAGUUCUGGCUUCGUAGUCACACGUACCAAUCAAAGCAGAUUACACGAACCAAAUAACACCAACGAACCAAUUUACGAAAAUAUCCCGUUGCCGUGGCAGAACGAGAAUUCACAAAUGCGAUCGCGUGCUCAAAGCAUUCAAUCUGCCCCUGAAAUCAGCCAAGUGAUCAAUCAUGCCCUUGUUAACGCCUUACAGAACAAAGUGAAAUUAUCGUCCCAAAAUAUUGAAAAUAAUAAUCAUCAAGAAAAGCGGGAGAAUCUGUACGCGAACAUACAGAAUAAUCCUACAACCGUAAGUACGUCCAAGACAAACCUUAGCUUGAACAAUUUGAAGGAUGCCUCAAGUAGCACCAACAGUGCAAAUCGAUCGACACAAAAUCUAAACGGCUUAAAUUCGACACAUGCUUACCAAAAGCAAAUAAACAAAAGUACUACAAGCGAUUUAUCUUGCGUUUUAAGUCAGAAAAGUAACAGUUUCUUAGCGAAUAAAAGCUCAUCGAUUCAUUCUAGUUCGACAAAUAAUUCUGUUGCUGAUGGCAGUAAUGUUAGUGGGGAAACUUUCAGCGAUUUAAAUUCAUCAAAUGGGAGUGCGGGCAAAAGUAAAAAGAAAAGAUGGGGAAUAUUGAUAGGUGGUAGAAGUAAGUCAAGCGAAAAAAUAAAGAGUGCCACUCUUGGCAGAGAAAAAGCUAAAAAUAAGGAUAAAAAUCAAAGUAAUAACAGGCACAGGUGGUCGACCGGAUUACCCCGUAUGCAUCCCCUUCCACCUUCUAUUAGUAAAGAGACAAUGUGUCAAUUACUGGAAAACAAAUUAGCGGAUAGCCAACUGUUCUUUGAAUUUGAUAAAAUUCCAAAAAAGAAACAGAACGCUGAUUUUUCGACUGCUUUGCAUCCAGAUAACGCGAAAUUCAACAGGUUUAAAGACGUCCUGCCAUAUGAAGAAAACAGAUUAAGACUGACUCCAACAAAAGAAAAUCGAUCGGGAUAUAUCAAUGCAUCUCAUAUAACGGCAACCGUGGGUAGUAAACAACGAUUUUAUAUUGCUGCCCAGUGUCCUACAAAACUUACCAUACCACAUUUCUGGCAAUGUGUUUGGGAAGCAGAAGUUUAUCUUAUGGUGCAACUAACAGAUCCCACAGAAGAUAUAAAUUAUUUACCAAAUAGCAAUGAGAGAUGUAUUAAUGCAAGUUCGGAUUAUCAGAUUUGGUGGGAAUUUUCGCAAAAAACGGGGCACUGUAUUACAAGCAAGGUUCGUCUUUGUCAAGUAACUUCUCGAAGGUACAGAACUUUGUGGCACCUGCAUUAUACUGAUUGGGGAGAGCAUGGUUGUCCUCAUAGUGUGGCUCACUUUCUUGGUUUUCUUGAAGAGUUGCAAUCCGUCCAGCAACAUUCUUUAGAUGAAAUACCUCUUGGGCAUAAUAAGAAUCCACCAGUUUUCGUUCACUGUACAGCUGGUGUAGGCAGGACUGGUCUUACUAUCCUCGCAGAUUUACUGUUAUACACCUUAGAUCAUAAUCAGGAAGUGGACGUGCCUCGAGUCGUUGGUUUAUUGCGUCAUCAACGACCAUAUAUGGUGCAAACCAUAGCUCAGUAUCGAUUUGUAUAUUCACUUUUAAAAACGAAAGUCACUGAAGAAAAACCAAGCGACAUUUGGAUCUUCGACCAGAAACUCGACUCGAGUCCGGAUGGCAUUAUGACAGAAAUCAUGUGGAAGUAUGAUGGCGAAGGUUGCGCUCGAUGCAACAAGAACCAAUGGGAUAACGGUGACUGGGUCUUACCCGAGCCGGACAAGUCAAUUUGGCAAGUAGACAAAGACUCUCUACGCAAUAUAUGGAAUGGGGGCGAAAUUUGCACCGACUGUUGCUCCUCCAAUGGCCGGGGCAAAUUUCCAUUACAAAGCCAACUGCGAGAGGAUAUCAGCCAGGAUGAAAACUUAUAUGGAACACCUGCCGGUAGCCGAGGUAAGCUAUGA